UGCGCAUGCGCUGUUUUCAGCACACGGCAGCUUCGCGGACGGAUUCGCUUCUGGCUAACUAGCUGAAUCACUUGGUGGAAACCUCAGUCUUUAUUGUGAUCGUACUUGUGUUGCAUCGCAAUGGCGGCGAGAUAUGACAGAGCUAUUACUGUCUUUUCUCCCGAUGGUCAUCUUUUUCAAGUGGAGUAUGCACAAGAAGCUGUAAAGAAGGGUUCCACAGCGGUUGGAAUCAGAGGUAAAGACAUUGUUGUCCUUGGUGUUGAAAAGAAAUCCGUGGCAAAGUUGCAGGAGGAAAGGACUGUUCGCAAGAUAUGUGCCCUGGAUGAGCAUGUCUGCAUGGCAUUUGCAGGUCUGACAGCAGAUGCCCGUAUCGUGAUAAACCGAGCUCGCGUUGAGUGCCAGAGUCACAGGCUAACUGUUGAGGACCCUGUCACAGUGGAAUACAUCACACGCUACAUUGCUACUCUCAAACAGCGCUACACUCAAAGCAAUGGUCGUAGGCCUUUUGGCAUCUCUGCGUUAAUUGUUGGCUUUGACUACGAUGGAACUCCCAGGCUGUAUCAGACGGAUCCAUCAGGUACCUACCAUGCCUGGAAGGCAAACGCAAUUGGCCGCAGUGCAAAAACUGUGAGGGAGUUCUUGGAGAAGAAUUACACAGAUGAGGCCAUCACUGGGGACAAUGAGGCAAUUAAGUUGGCUAUCAAGGCUUUGCUUGAGGUUGUCCAAUCAGGAGGAAAAAAUAUUGAACUUGCUGUUAUCAGACGGAAUCAGCCACUGAAGAUUUUGGAAUCCAAGGAAAUUGAGACCCUGGUGGCUGAGAUAGAGAAGGAAAAGGAGGAAGAGGCAGAAAAGAAGAAGCAGAAAAAAUCCACCUGAAGCAGUUAACUAAGACUCAAUCUUUAUUGCACUUGGAUAAUAAUGGCAAAUAUUAGUAUGUUUCAAAGGGUUUGCUCUCAAUUAUUUCAUUGUGAAGAGCUGAAUCAUAACUUGAGAUCAGUUAAAUGUUUGCAGACAUCUCUUGGUUUUGCAACCAGCUGUGUAGUUGACCGAUCUGUAACAGCACACACUGAUUUCAAGUCAUGGUUUAAUUGUUCACUCAGCUAACGGGAUGUUGUUGUUUUUUUUAUAUCAUUCACCAAAUGGCUUUUCAACAAAGCUUGAAGUAAAAUUAAAAGUUCAUUAUGAUAAGGAGUCUAAAUACUCAAUAAACAUGUUGUUUGUAA